UCAACAACAGUCCGGCCCCUUCAUUUAUUACCUCCUCUUCCACUUAACUUCUUCUUCUAUAAAUCACUUUAUUUUCUUUCUUCUCUGUCACUCACAGGUCUUCUCCUUUCUUCUUUUCUUUCCCUUCUACCCCCACUUAGCUUUUAUUAAUAAAUUUUCUGCUUUUUUAAUUUCCUUUAUAAAGUUAUUAUCUUUUUUAUUAAUCUUCUUGAAGCUCAAGUGUUAGGAUCUCUCAAGUUAGACAGCCAUUGUUGCAGGGAAAUUAGUGUUGUUAGAAGAUAUGGAUGCGUCAACGGGCAUGAUGAUUGUUUCAAUUGUAGCGGCCUACUUACUAUGGUUCAAAUCCAUCACAAAAUCCAUGAAAGGGCCCAAAGGCCCAAAAAUGUGGCCCAUAGUUGGAAGUUUACCCGGCCUGCUUGAAAACGGGACCCGAAUGCAUGAAUGGAUCGCGGAAAACCUUCGGGCCUGUGCCGGUACGUACCAAACUUGCAUAUUUGCAAUUCCAUUUUUAGCCCGGAAGCAAGGUCUCGUGACAGUCACGUGCGAUCCAAAAAAUUUAGAGCAUAUAUUGAAGGUUAGGUUUGAUAAUUAUCCUAAGGGUCCUACUUGGCAAGCUGUGUUUCAUGAUUUGCUUGGUGAGGGUAUCUUCAAUUCGGACGGUGACACGUGGCUCUUCCAGCGCAAGACAGCUGCGCUGGAAUUUACCACUCGAACCUUGAGGCAAGCCAUGGGUCGAUGGGUUAACCGAGCCAUCAAGAAUCGGUUCUGCCCGAUUCUUGAGAUGGCUCAGGUUCAGGGCAAGCCGGUUGAUCUUCAAGACCUAUUGCUUCGGCUCACUUUUGAUAACAUUUGUGGCUUGGCUUUUGGCAAAGAUCCAGAGACGCUCUCUCCAGAAUUACCUGAAAAUAACUUUGCUACGUCUUUUGAUCGAGCCACUGAAGCCUCAUUGCACCGGUUCAUCAUGCCCGAGUUCGUUUGGAAGUUGAAGAAAAUGCUUGGACUUGGAAUGGAGGUGAGCCUAAGCCAUAGCUUGAAACAAGUGGACGAUUACAUGACUGACGUUAUCAAUACACGUAAGCUAGAGCUGCUGAAUCAUCAGGACGGUGGGCCCAAGCACGACGAUUUGCUCUCGAGGUUCAUGAAGAAAAAAGAAUCCUACUCGAACAAAUUCCUCCAACACGUGGCGCUCAACUUCAUCCUAGCUGGACGUGACACAUCAUCCGUCGCACUGAGCUGGUUCUUCUGGUUGGUCAGCUUGAAUCCGAGGGUGGAAGAAAAGAUACUCAUCGAACUCUGCACCGUCCUAGCAGAGACACGUGGCAACGACACGUCAAAGUGGUUAGAAGAACCUCUAGUGUUUGAGGAAGUUGACCGAUUGACAUAUCUCAAGGCAGCAUUAUCCGAAACCCUAAGACUUUACCCAUCCGUGCCAGAGGACUCAAAACAUGUCAUUUGUGACGAUUAUUUGCCCGAUGGCACAUUUGUACCGGCAGGUUCAAAUAUCACAUAUUCCAUAUACUCAACUGGUCGAAUGAAAUUCAUAUGGGGCGAAGAUUGCUUAGAAUUCAAGCCAGAAAGGUGGAUGUCACAAGACGGUAACAAGUACCAAGUUCAAGAUGCAUUUAGAUUUGUCGCAUUCAAUGCAGGACCAAGAAUUUGUCUAGGUAAAGACUUGGCUUAUUUGCAAAUGAAAUCAAUAGCAGCAGCAGUGCUACUCCGCCACCGCCUCGCGGUGGCGCCAGGCCAUAAGGUGGAACAGAAAAUGUCCCUAACAUUAUUCAUGAAGUAUGGUCUAGUUAUGAAUGUGACCCCUAGAGACUUGACUCCAAUUUUGGCAAAAUUUGGCAAAAUUGAGUCAUGUGCUGGCGAGCAUCUUAUCAAUAAUGGCAUUCAUCAACCAGAGGCUAUUACAGUAAAUGGGAUUGCUUGAAGAUAAACAUUGCAAAUCUUAUUAAUUUGUUAUUGAUAUAGUAACAAUUAUAUACAGUAACAUUUAUCUUGUUGCAAUAAUGUCUGAAGAGGUAUUUAUUUCUCCAGUUUACCAGAUAACUUUUUGCCAAAGUGGAAUAUUACAACUUAACUUCUUCUUUUUAUUUUAUUUUUUUUCCUUUUCUUAUCACCUUCUUAUUGUUUUUUCUGUUCCAAAGCAUAGUAAAUGAUUAUAUAUAUAGAUAUUGUACCUCAUUAGUCCAUUUUGUGAAAUAAAAUACAGUUCUGAUUUUAAA